UCGUGGUGUGCAUGUCUGUUCGGCGUACGCACAUAGAACUCAGCCGAAUGACAGUCCCACUUCGUUGUAUUGUUCACGCCAUCUCUGUUCUGUCGUCGUUUGCUCUCCUCCAUUUCCCGGCGGCAUCCUAGGUUCUCGGAGCGCAGAACGCUCCAUGAUGGCUACCUCUGUGAAAUCAAUGCAUAUGGUGGCGGCAGCGUCCUCCUCUGGCACCUUGCCGCAGCCGCCGCAGGCAUACGUGGUGGGCAACUCCUUCGUGAGUCAGUACUACAAUGUCCUCCACCACUCUCCACAGGUGGUUCAUCGAUUCUACACCGACGCGAGCACGUUCACUAGGGCGGACGCCGGGACGGAUGGCGCGGUUAGCACGAUGGUCGGGCAGAGGGCCAUCCACGACAAGGUGAUGGAGCAGAGGGCGAUUCUUGAAAAGGCGAUGGAACGUGAUGGUUUGGAUUGGAAGGCGGAGAUCAAGACCGUGGAUUCGCAGUACUCACUGAACGGUGGCGUAUUGGUAAUGGUGACGGGAGCCUUGGCGGACAAAGGCCAUUCGACGAGGAAUUUUGUGCAGAGCUUCUUUCUCGCUCCCCAAGAGACUGGUUAUUACGUGCUGAAUGACAUUUUUCGCUACUUGGACAAGGAGGAACAGCCGACGCCUCCGGUCUCGUUACAUUAUGCAAACGGCAUCCCUGAGACCACGCCGCCUCCUGCUGCUGCUGCUGCUGCUGCUGCCCCCGAUGUGAAGCUCAAGCCAGCGGCGGCGGCGCCUGUUCCGGCGCAUGCGGCGAAUGAGGGUAUUGUACUCGAAAGGGAGUUUGCGAUGGAAAGCGCGACCUCCGAUGUGGCUCUUCCUACGAUAGAAACCCCGGGGACGGAGGAGACUUGUGAGGUUCCUGCAGAGGAUGAAGAGGAGGAUGUUGUAAGUGAAAUGGCAGCCGAAAGUGUUCCUCCUCCACCUGCCCCGGAAGAGCACCAAAUGACCGUCCCCGCCGAAGAACCCGCUCCUCAGCAGCUGCAGGAAAUUGCAGAAACGGUUCCCAACAGCGUAGAGACUCCAUCGGAGGAAGCAUCCGGAGUAGAGAGGCCGAAGCUGUCUUACGCGGCGAUGCUCCGGCAGCGGGAUUCCGGCGGAAUGGGUGCUGCGGUUGCUGCUGCGCCGGCGGCUCCGCCAGCUGUGCAGACGAAGCCAGCGCCACCUGUAACCGAUUCGCAGGUCCAUCCGCAACCUGUCACUGCGGGACCUCCGCCUGUUGCGCAGCCGAUCGCUUCCCCGAUGAGCGACAACAUGGACGAAGGACUGAACCCGGACGCAGAAGUUGAUGGGAGGUCCGUUUUCGUGAAAAAUCUUCCUAUUAGUAUCACGACUCAGCAGUUGGAGGAGGAGCUAUCACGUUUUGGACCAGUGAAGGCGGGAGGUGUCAACAUCAAAGGCCCAAAGAACUCGGCUACUGGUAUGCAACAGGGCAGUAAUUGUUACGCCUUCGUGGAGUUCGAGGAUCAAGCAGCGGCUCAUGCAGCGAUCGAGGCCUCUCCGAUUCAAAUCAUGGGGAAACAGGUUGGGAUUGAAGAAAAGAAGCCAUUAGGCAGAGGUAGAGGCCGUGGAGGACCGGGGCGUGGAGAUCGUCCGUACAGACCGAUGCCGCGAGGGUAUCCUAGUGGUAGGGGUAGAUUGCCUAUGGAUCGUGAUGGGAGAGGUGAUCGGGAGAACAGAAACGAAGGUAACGUAAGCAGGGGAGGACGAGGUAUGCGGAGUAACAUGGGGGGCAUGGGCAUGCAGCCUGGAAUGUCAGGGGAUUCAAGACGUCUUUCAACAGAUGGGCCAGGUGGGCCAAGAAUGCCAAGGCGGAACAUGCAGCCGCAGAUGUCGAGGGGAGGAAGUGGAGUUGGAAGAGCACCUGGAGCAUCUGCACAGCCAGUGUGAAAUGUCGUGAAUGCGUAGGUGGUGUGCUGUACAGCACUCUGCUGGAGUUUUGCUGGUCAGAAUCCCGUGUUGGGCGAUGUUUGGUGGCAUGCAGAGGGUGGGCAUGGAGGAGAUUGGUCAUUGUGAACAGAACGAGUUUGUGUCUGCGAACAGGGAGGAAGGAAAGAUGGGUAUGGGGUUGAAAUGGAUGUACUGCGUUGCUGGAUAGUGUCUGUAGUUUGAUUAUGGUGUAGCAGUUUAGUACGUGCCUAUGCCUGAAUCAUGUCUCGGCUGCGGAGGUCGUAAGGGAUGCGAUUGUCGUCCUGAGGGGCAAGAUCGGCAUGCCUCAGCUCUGGUGGGGGCAGCGCUGUUCAGGAAGAGGCCUGGAUUGCACCUCCACCGAAGCAGUUUUCGAUUGCCACUGUUGCUCCGUCCAAGGCUCUGCAUGUGCUUGGUGCAGACGUUUCAUCUACUUCUGCAGGUUAUGAAAUGCGCACGCUCUCCUUGUCCUCUGGGGUGCACCUUGUCUGUCUCUUUCCUGGCCUGAGUGUCUUUCUUGAUUGCCUUCAGAAUGUCAUUUGCUGCAGUCGAGGAUUGCAUGCUGCCAUCCUCAGUCGGCUGAUGGGGUCUCGAUGGCCCUUUGUCCUCUCGACUUCUUUUACUGCCUUGCCCCCAAACACCUUGCCGCUACUCCUGCUGAUCUCUUGUCGUCCCCAUCAUUCUCAACACAUCUUCCAUGCGGAUAUACCAGAUAGCUUGAGGUUUCUUUGCAUUGCUUGGUUUGGUUGUUUAACUCUUUUGUCUCAUUUCUUGUGAGAGUUGUGGCGGUCAUUGUUUGUGGGGGUCUUACCGAUGUCCUUAGUGCCGGCUGAGGUUUGACUGUUUUUUUUUGUAGUCCUAGUCUUGGUGUCAUAACCUCUUGUGCCGUUGAUUAUGUGCUGCUCAGCACGUAGCUUUGUCUUUUGCUAGAAUGUACCAAAUAAGCUUGGGACGGGUCGAUGGUUGAUUUCCAUUGACGAUCACGCACGCAGAUUAUGUUGGCAGGUGUGAGCAUUUCACCUGGGUGAGGGGUGGAUAGCCAAUAUCCCAGUCUGAUGAUGUGUUGAUUGUCAGCAAUCAUCUACAAUUGGGUUGUUAACAAGCAAGUAUGUCUCUCAGAUCGUCUGGUGUUGGAUCUCUAUGGUCUGUCAUGCUGAUGGCAGAUGUUCUACUGGGGCUCUCCGUUUUUAAAUCUCCGCAAACCACAAGUAUCGUGCCUGGUGAUAUGUUGUCAGGUUGAUGUUGUUUUCGGUGUCUCUCGUCCAGUAUUGAUAGAUGUCCACCCCACCCCACUUGAUCUCUUCAGAUGAUCUAAUCUAUUCUUCUGCAUCAGUUGUCAUCGCAGCCCAUUGUGUCUCGUUGUUAUGGUUGGUAGGUUCUCCUUGCAUUCUGGUCUGCGUGAUGGUCUCUCGUUGUCAAAGUGCGGUCUUGCAUUUUUUGAUAUUCCAACAUCUGUAAUGCUGGGGACUCUCUCUCUCUCUCUCUUUGUGUCUGUUGCUUAUCUUGUGUGCUUUCUUGGUUACAUCUUGAUUGGUCACAUGCUAUCUCGGUCGGGUCCUGUCCUCUUUUGCCCCUCCAGUUCGGCAUUCGGUUCUAUCUCCUCUCUCCUCCCUCUCUCCUCUCUCUGCGCCCCCCUGUAUUUGUGUUCUCUCCUCUAGGCAGUGGUAAGUCGUCUGGUUACCUGUAUUUGCCAACGGAUGGUUAUCUCGAAUGGGGAGAGGUAGGUCUCAAAUGUGCCCAUUCUGAGGAAGAGGGAAAGUGGGCAGAGUUUUGUAUUGGUGCAACUUUCAGUUGUGCCAAUGAAACUUAAAAGAGUGUGUCCAGCCUGGUCUUGACUUCUGUGUUUUCUGGUAGCCUAACAGUCGCUGGUCUCAGUGAUACUUUCUUUGACUGUGGGCUUCAGAACUGUUUGGCAAAAGUCUAUUGGUUUGAUAAUUAAAUAAGUGAUUUGUUUGGUCUUGGAAUCUCAAUCUCUUUGUAACAUGGCAAUCUGGCAAGGUCGAAUUUAUGGUUGAUUGGUAUGGACGGAGGACAAUGAAGGUGAUGGUCAUUGGUGCAAUUAGGGCCAAUAGAGCUCUCUCUUUUUUCCCAGCAUCCGGCUCAUGUGUCUUUAUGGUUGGUAUGUGGUGAACUUUCAUUUCAUUUCUUUCUCCGAUCUCCUUUGUUAUGUUUGGAGCUUGAAUUCAAAUCUCGAACUCGUCUUCUUGCACCUGUCGUUGUCAAGCUUCACAGGGUAUCAGAGGGAAGUGUGGUCUGUCUGGCGCUUUGGAGGUAGUGCUCCCGGUGGGCAUGAGUUGUGGAGGCUGUGAAGUGGGCAACUGUGCCUCUGGGGCAAGGCUAGAGAAGUGGCCUUAACAAUUGUCGCGGGAAGCCGUGGAUUUCGCUGCUGGUGCAAAAUGGUUGGUUGGUCGUAGGUUGUUCGGUCUGUGUUUCUCGUGAUCCCUUCGGUGGGAUGGAUUGUCAGGGUAUGUGUAGAACUUGAUUGGUAGGUAGGUACCUGAUUUCUACCUUCCUGUGCAGGCAAUUGCUGUACACAGUUCGACAUUGGGAUUGAAGUCCAUAAGACUGCGGCAAGUGAAACAGUGAGGCCAAAUGGAAGUGUGCCAGUUCAGCAAGGCCUGUCUAAUUAUUAUUAAGAGCUUUCUAGAAAAAAAUCGAGUUCGACAAAUUUAUGGCAGCAUAGGGUGCUGGUGUCCUCUACUUGAUUUGCAUGAUAUUAUAGAAGGCAUAGUUGUUACACCCGUAUGUACUUCGCAGUGGCCUUCAGAACUGGUACAGUGACCGUGUCUUCAUAUGCACGAACAAUGUAGCUUACGCUGAAGGAGGACUGUGUUCAAACUGGCAUGUGAUCUUGUGAAAUGGUCAUGUAAUCAGGUGGAGGAGAUGGACCAAGCAAGUCCUCGAAAGCGCGACCUUUCAGUUGGUGUCCGUCUGUUGGGUGAUCUCCAAAAUGUGGUUUUGGCUUGGCAGUUGAAUCAGAGAGGAACUUGUUGAUGCGAAUCGGACACUGAUCUUUUGAAAAACUCGUCCUCGAUGAAGACAACUUUAUCCCCUGAAGGUCCUGACCUUCGUUCUUUUCAAACUUUAAAGGAAAGGAAUUGUCACAAGUCACUGGAUCUGCACAUAGAAUGUUGAAGUCACUUUAUUGCCCUGUGCUGUAGAACAUCU